AUGGCGCUGGGGCUGCUGCAGCACUACCCCGAUUCAGCACUCGGACAGCUCCUGGUGGGCAGCGAUCCGGCACGGCGCCGCCUCCACGUGUGCGGCAGCGGGGUCCUAUUCCGGCACGCCACGAAUUGGUUGGGAACUUGCCGACUUCCCCUGACUGAGAAUAUUUCCGAAAUCCAAGAGCUCUGUGCUUACUUGGACAAAGGGGACAUCACCUAUGAGCCAAUGAAAGAGGCUUUAAAAUGCUAUUUGAAGCAACAGAUGCCAUCAGGGAGCGGAGAUUGCAACGCAGACUGGUCAGCAGAAGUGUCAGUAUGUACACUGCAUCAGAUUGUGAAGGUUUAUGUAGGAAGUAACUGGUAUGAAACUUACUUACAGACUUUACUGAAGUACCCAGAGCUGCUGUCAAAUGACAAGAAAGUCUGUUGGAUCACAUAUGGUCAAAGUCUUCUAAUCCAUGGGGACGGGCAGAUGUUCCGACAUGUUCUCAACUUUCUAAGACUUGGGAAAUUGUUUUUGCCUGCGGAAUUUAAAGAAUGGCCUCUAUUCUGUCAAGAAGCAGAGGAGUACCGGAUCCCUUCCCUUUCGGAGGCACUUUAUCACUGCGAUGCGUACAGGUUAUGGAUCCAAAACAAGGAACUGAGGAAUGAGGAUUCUUUUCCAUGUAGAGUGCCUUGGAACAAGGAGUCUGAGUUCAGCAAAGACCCCAGAGAGGUGUAUUCAUGUGCAGCUGUGGAUUCCACUAAACACAUCGAUACACGGAGCAACAUAAAAGAUCUGAAGGGGAAGCGAGACAGCAGUGGGGGGAAGGCAAAGCCUCCCAAAAUGGUGCCACAGAGUGGGGGCACGAAGCGAAAGAACGCUGCUGGAGGACAAGAUGAAUCCUCACCCAGCACGGCGAAAUCCAGCUUACAGUUGGAAAGCCCUCCAAGAAAGAGAGGAAUGAGAAGCAGCUUAAGGAAACAAGCAGAAAAUAAAGACUCGGCCAUUGACAUCCUGAAAUUACUUUCCCUGGUAAAGGAAUGGGGCACGCUGAACUCCAAGAGAUGGGAUUCUCAGCAUGUGAAAGUACCUGAUGGUUGUGUCGCAGGCACUGUGCCUCCACACGGCACUCCUAAGCAGGACAGAGGUGUCAAAGCUUCUAUUGCUUGUUCUGCUGGGAAAAUGAGUUCUGCAAUUCAAGAAAAUGAGCCCAAAUGUGGGGCUGAAGGAAAGCAGCUAGAGCAAGACGUGUCCAAAGAGAGUUUGCCAGUUACUCCAAGCGCUGGAACGCAUCAGUUCAACACCAUCAAAACUCUCCCGACAGGAAAAGGCAUCAGUAAUGUCAACAGGGAACCAGCAGAAGGAAGUUUUCCUGGUGAAGGAAAAGACAGGAGCUGGCAGAUGGAGCCCAUCCCUAGAGCAGGCGAACCGAGGGACAGCCAAUGUACCAAAGCUCUCCAGGAAGCUCACAGAAACGUGGGAGUGAUUCUGAAAGUUGAACAUCCUCCAGUUAUAGGCAGUGAUGGCUGUCACACGUGGCACGAAGAGAGCAUCGUUUAUAGCACUCUGCUGGGCGGCAUCCAGCUGGAGAAGUCAAAGCCUCAGGGGCUACCCGAAGACACCAUUUUCCUUCGCUUCGCUCUCUCCCACGAGGAGAUGUUCUAUGCCAGGAGGUGCCACUUCUUCCUGACCGAUGUCAUCCUGGACUCCAUCAGGCAGAAGGAUCCCAAGGAAAUCACGGCCAAAGUCAUGACCCUUGUGAACAGGCUGUGGACCCAGCAGGUCACACCCAAGGUGUUUGUUGACGAUCUACUGAGCACAGAACACUUCAAAGGGGACAGAAACGUUCGUGAGCAGCUUCUGAAGUGGGUGGAAUUCACGCUGCCCUUGGCAUGGAAAUACAGCCGCUGCCUCCAGUUGCUGACACAGAGGGGGUUUGCUCGCUCCGUCUCCUCCUUUACCUUGGGAAUGUAAGUUUACAGAACGUUAAUAAAAAUUCUUGAAGCGUGCGCUUCUUUUGCAGCAA